AUGGCGGUGGCGUGCGGGAGGCGGCUGCUAGUUCCGUUCGGUGGGCGGCUGCGGGCCGGCCCCCGGGCUCCACUCCGGUCUGUAGCUUCCGCUGCGCCGCUCUACGAUGUGGUGGUGUCGGGCGGCGGUAUGGUCGGGAGCGCCAUGGCCGCCGUCCUGGGGCACGAUAGCCACUUCCACGAUAAGAAGAUUGCUUUGCUGGAGGCUGGUCCUAGGAAAGAAUAUGAUUGCAUGCCAGACAGUUACAGUAACAGGGUCAGUUCCAUCUCCCCGGGAUCAGCAACCCUCCUGAGCAGUUUUGGGGCCUGGGAUCACGUCUGCAGCCUGAGAAUGAAACCAUUCCGGCGAAUGCAGGUGUGGGAUGCUUGUUCAGAAGCCAUGAUCGUUUUUGAGAAAGAUGACUUAGAUGACAUGGGUUACAUAGUGGAGAAUGAUGUCAUUAUGUCUGCUCUCACAAAACAGUUAGAUGCAGUAGCAGACCGGGUGGAUGUUUUCUAUGGAAGCAGAGCGGUGAGGUAUACCUGGCCCCUUCCCUCUCCCAGCUGUGACGCAAGCCCUUGGGUCCAAAUCGAGUUAGCUGAUGGAUGCAGACUUCAGACCAAAUUGCUGAUUGGUGCAGAUGGUCAUAACUCGGUAGUCCGGAAAGAAGCUGAAAUUAAGAACAUUGAGCAUCGGUAUGACCAGUCAGCUGUAGUGGCAACCCUUCAUUUGUCUGAGGCCACAGACAAUAAUGUAGCAUGGCAGAGGUUCCUUCCCACAGGGCCAAUUGCGCUUCUUCCGCUGUCUGACACUGCCAGCUCUCUAGUCUGGUCUACAUCUCAUGAACAUGCAUCGGAACUUCUUGCUAUUGAUGAGGAAAGUUUUGUGGAUAGCAUCAACUCUGCCUUUUGGAGCAAUGUAAACCACUCCGACUUCAUCGAUACAGCUGGGGCCAUGUUUCGGUCAGCUCUGUCACUCCUGAAGCCCUCAGGGACUGCAGUCCGUCAGUUGCCCCCCAGCGUUGCUAAAGUAGAUCCAGAGAGCCGAGCCAUGUUCCCUCUUGGAAUGGGGCAUGCAACAGAGUAUGUCCAGCACCGUGUGGCUCUCAUUGGGGAUGCUGCUCACAGAGUCCACCCACUUGCAGGACAAGGUGUGAACCUGGGCUUUGGUGACAUUGCCUGUUUAGCUCAUCACCUCCGUGCAGCAGCCUUCAAUGGGAGCGAUCUGGGCUCCUUAAAACAUCUCUUAAAGUUUGAGACUGAGCGUCAGAGGCACAAUGUCUCCUUGAUAGCUGCUAUUGAUAUGCUAAAGAGGCUUUACUCUACAAAGCUGACUCCCUUGGUGUUGCUGAGGACAUGGGCAUUGCAAGCAACAAAUGCCCUGCCUCCUGUCAAAGAGCAAAUUGUGGCUUUUGCCAGCAAGUGAUCUGUUGUCAGUUUGGAACAGCAGGUGACCAAGGAAUGCAUUGCCCUUUUAAGGACUGUGACUGACUUGAA